CAUUAUUUCGAAAAUUACUUUCUAAAAUUAACACAAGUUGGAACUCUGGUUUACUUAAUUAGUUUUCCCUAAUAAAUGGCGUCAUCUUCUGAUUGGGUUCUUGAUACUUCCCUUGGUUUCAAUCUCAACCUUAAUCUUUCUAGCAAUCCCCAAUCCGAUGACAAGAUUAUGGAUGAUCAUGAGAGAAAAAGUGGGAAUUUAGAAGAAGAGUUGAACAACAUGAAUGAAGAGAACAAGAAGCUUACACAACAAUUGGCAUCCAUGUGUGAGAAUUUCAGCGUUUUGCAUAAUCAGCUGAUUGGUUUAAUUAGUCCAAUUGCAAAAAGGAGGAAAUUUUCUGAAGCUAUGGAUCAUAGUAACACAGAACAGAGUUGUACAAGCUAUGAUGAUUCAUGCAAAAGACUUAAGUUUUUGAGUACCAAGCCUAAGACUACUAAUAAAGUCUUGAUUAAGACCCAUAAAUCGGAUACAAGUUUGGUGGUGAAGGAUGGAUAUCAAUGGAGAAAAUAUGGACAAAAAGUUACAAGAGAUAAUCCAUUUCCUAGAGCAUACUAUAAAUGUGCUGAUGCUCCUAUCUGUCCUGUUAAAAAAAAGCAGGUACAAAGAAGUGCAAAUGAUUCAUCAAUCUUAGUAGCAAUAUAUGAAGGAGAGCACAAUCAUCCCCAUCCUAAUUCAAGUGAUCAUUUAGGUCAUGUGAUAUUAAGUUCAACUUAUUCUUUAGAUGACAACAAAAUAAAAUCUCCUACAAGCAAACCAAGUGAAAAUGUUGAAAUGAAAGCAUUGCAAAGAACACUAAUAGAGCAAAUGGCUUCUUCAUUGACAAAGGAUCCCUCAUUUACUUCAGCAUUAGCAGCUUCUAUUUUUGGAAAGAUAUAAAAUGAUAAACUUAAUUGUGGUGAAAAAUGGUUCUAAUUAGGAAACUUAAUUAGAGAAAUCCAUAGAAUUAGAGCUUAUGUACAAGAUAUUAGAAAAUAAUAGCAUAAUUUGUUUGUAGAUUAAGAUAAAAUCUUGUUGUCAAUUGGUUUAGUGUAUUUAGGUAGAAAAACAUAUUUGAAAGUACUCGGAUUAAAAUGUGCAAGGAAAAAAAAAUGUUCAAAACAGAAACAAUGACUUCGCGCACUUGAUUGAAUAAGGUGGCGUUCGAUCGAGCACAAGAUUGAGUUCUCAUCGGUUUUUGAUUCGUGAAACUCCAAAAGUGCAUGGCUAUAGGCUUGAUCGAGUUGUAUCGCUCAACCAGGUUUAGUUGAUAGUUGUAUGUGAAAGAAAACUUUACAUCAUAAUUGAUCCCAAAACAUCAUUGUGGGGAAAAUAUUACUUAAGGAAAGUUUUCAGCACUGUCUCUAUUAAGUAUAAUAAUUUAAGCCGUAAAAAACCGCGAAUCUUUUGCUUGAUAUUAUUAUUAUUAUUAUUAUUAUUAUUAUUAAGAUUUGUUAAAUAAGGAAAUUGUCACUAAGUAUUGGUAUUUU